AUGAUAUCACAAAAUAAUAUCGAAUAUGAUGAAAAACUGAAAUUGAAUAUGGGAGAACAUUUUACUUAUAGAUACUUUACUGUGUCUGAUAAUAAACUUGUUUCUGUACCAAUUUUUGAAGAAAAAAAAAUCGGGAUUUUCGAUUUUAAAACCAAAAACCGGCAUAAAUUAAGUCUCCCGGGAACUGAAUUUAAUGUUGGAUGUCUAGCAUUUGUAGAAGGUGGUGAUUUUAUUAUGGUCAAUUAUUAUGAUAAGUCGCCACGUAAGGCAUAUGUUUUUACUCAAAAAACAAAUAGCACAGAAUUGAUUCACAAAUUAACAAUGAAAUUGGAAUUUAUUGAUGAAGUUUUCAUAAUACCUAGAGGAAAAUUAUUUAUGUAUAAUAGUGAUAUAGGCUAUAUUACAAAAUGGGAUAUCAAAACUUUAAAAUUUGAGUCAUACUUUUUAUUCAAAUCUUAUUACGAUGUUAAAGAUAUAAAAGUAAGCGAUGAUGGAUUGUUAUUAUUUGUAUACGGAACAAAAGUCACAGUAGUUGAUGAUUUAGAAGAUUCUAAGUUAUUGGCAGAUGAUUCUUACUCAACCAUAUCUAUUUAUUUGACUUCAAAUGAAAUGAAGUUUACAACAUAUACGUAUGAUAAAUCAAUCAGAAUUGAUGCGGCUUAUCUAAUUGCUUCCAAAAUUGGAGCACGACUUCUUAUAAUGGCUCAAAAUACUGAAGAUAAUUCAAGAAUCUACGAGAUAAUAGAUCCAUUUAAACAUUCAACCCCUGUAACUGCGGAAAAACUUCUCAGUAAUUUUGAAAAUUCAAAUAUACAAAUUCAAUAUCCAUGCAUUAUAAAAUCUGGUAAAAUUAUAGGUUUUAUUAAUGGAAAUGUCAAUGAAAAUAUUGAUAGAAAAUUAAUAAUUAAGGAAUUAAUACAGGACGAUGAAAAUUGGGUCUCCUUUCUAAGAAAAACAUUGAGUGAUUCUAAUAGUAUUUAUAUAUCAUCAGAUAAAAAAAAAAUUUAUGAAUUUAUUGAAAAAGUUAAAGCGGAGUUAUCUGAGACAAGUGACAAAAUCGUUGAUGAUACAACUGAUGAUAAGUUAGAGGCAGCGGUUAAGAUAACAAAUGAUGAUGAUGAUGCAAAUCUUAUUUAUAAUAAGACAUUUACAAAAUAUAAUCUUGUUCAAUGGAGCAUAAAAUGUAAUAAAAAAAGUGAUAUUCUAUCGGCAAAAUUUCGUGAAACAAAAGAAGUGAUAAAUAUUCGUCCAGAUAUUUAUUCAGAAGCAAAGCCAUUCGUAAUUGAAUGUGAGUGUCUUGAUAAUGAUGAUUUAGUCAUGAUUACACAGGAUGAAAUUGUGUUUAUUUGGACAAUUAGUGCAAAAAAAAAGAUACAGUUAAUUUAUUUAUGGAAAUAUACCGAUAAUGGAUUUAUUGACACAAUCAAAGAUGAAAAUUUUUUUCUUCCAUCACCAUCAUAUCAUGUUUGUGUUGAACAUAUAUCUUUUAUGCAACAGGACAAAACUAAAAGGUUUUUUCUUGAUGAAUUACUAGAUGAGCAUAUUGAUAAUGAAUUUUUUUUAAUUCUUUAUGGAUUAAAACUUAUAAAAGUCAUUAUCGACGAAGAUCAAGACACGCUAUUGCAAAAGUUAUGUAAUAGUCUUUAUCAAGUUCAUAUUAAUGAAUUUCGUAAAAUGAUUCAUCAAAUUAAUUCUACUGAUUGGGAUAAAACUGCAAAACCUUUUAUUUCUGAAACUCUUUCAAAAGUUUUAAAUGAAGAAAAUCAGAUAAUUAAAGGUUCAACGCAGGAAUUUGAAAAAUUAAAAGAAAUUGAAGAAGAGCAGCUUAAAAGAUUUGAAGAAAAAUUUAAAAAAAUUGAAGAAGAACGAAUUAAAAGAAUAGAAGAUUUAAUUUUAGAGUUAAAAGAUUUGUUAGUAAAAGAUAAACUUAGUAAAAGUUAA